GAUGCGGUGAAGGUUGUGUCUGCCAUGACACAGGGUGACCAUGACAUACUACCUCAAGCACUGCCAAGUGACUCUAUACGAGAGUCUCCCCGCCCGCUAGAACACGGUUGUGACGCCUGGUGGCACUGGAGUCACUCUCACAAGAGCCCAGAAGUCCUCUUGUAUGCUCGUACCGCACUUUUCCAUCCCAACUGGUCACAUGGUACUGCGGCAGUGAGGGGCUCUCAAGAAAUUAAUGGGGGACUUCACUACUGGGAAGUGCAGGUUUCUCAGCGACUCUUUGGUACAGCAGUGAUGUUUGGGGUGUGCACGGAGUCUGCAAGACUGCACGCUGACAGUUUUGUCAGCUUGGUGGGGGAGGACCAGUUUGGUUGGGGACUUUCCCACAAGGGGUUGAUAUGGCACAAAGGGCAAGGGCGUCACUACACUAAACCGUUCCAGGAGAACCGUGCCACCACCAUCGGUGUCUUAUUUGACGGUGAGCGAGGCACUCUGGGCUUCUACAAGGAUGCUCAGUGGUUGGGUGUAGCCUUUACUGGCCUCAACACCGUCACCGAGCCACUCUACCCUGUGAUCGCCUCCACCGCUGCCAAGACUAAACUCACACUGGGUGCUACCAAGCGCGGGUGGGCAGGUCUUCAGGACCGUGCCCGCCACGCCCUCCUGGCUGCCCUGCCACAGCCACAGCUCCUCUACACACUGCCACUGCCCCCUGCCCUCCAUCACUACUUGGAGGAUGACCUGCCACCCUCCACCAUCAGUGCCCACAAGACACUGCUUUCCACAGACACUGAACACAUCCUGCCAUCCUGAUGAACGCCACCACAAGGAAUGGGUGCGAAGUCGAUCGCCUCAAUAACACGUCAUACUCAAACAAAACAAGGAAGAGUAUAGAGUGCAUAAUAAAGCUAACUCAAACUAGUGUGAAGUAACAUUUAGUGUUGUAAAGGCUUAGCUAUAAGAAAAUCCAGCGUUGAUGUGAUAUGUGAACAUUAGAGCAAAGAACAUGAAUAAUAGAAUACAUGUAGCAGUAUGCACAACAAGAAAAUAUUGCGUGUCCGUAGCUUAUAUAUAAAUAUGUAUGAAAAAUAUCCUAAUGAAAAAAAAAGAAAGCGCUCAGGUGUUUCUGUUAAUAACAAACACCUGAGCGCUUUCGUGAGUUGACAUAAACAAACAUCUUCGGAAAAACUUGCCGCUAUGCAGGGAACCCCUCACUGGUUUGUUGUUAUUUUUUCGUUGUGGCAGUUUAGAUACGCGUUUUAUAUUUUUUUUCGUGAGGACUUGUAUAGACACAAACGAAUUAUCCUGGAGCCAUAAUUUAUAAAACAUAUAUUCACAAACAAGCCACACCGUCCUGGGUUAAUUUACAGACAAAAUAUAUUCUGGGUAUAAAAAUUUAGUCCUUGCCUAGAAGCAAAAUAAUAUCUUCAGUGAACGGCUAACAGUCUUAUUAUUGUCUCUUCUACGACUCUGCACACACUUGUGUAAUCAACUCUGGUUUGUGGCGCAGGAACUGAGACUCAACCCCCAGAAACACAACCCGGUGAAUAUAAACGCACAAGGAGAUAAGACAGAAGAGUAUGUGAGUAUUGCGUCACUCUUCGGCACUGAUAAUUUCCAGUUAUUAGAUAAAGCUUUGGUCAUGUGACCUAGAUCAGGUGGAGGAACAAGUUACUGCUUGACAACGAGGGAUGUUACA